AGCGACUACAUCAAGUACCCUGCGAACAUCGUAUGGAACUUGCAUUGUAAAGAUUGCCCAGUGCUUGCUUUACGCAUCUCUGAUUAUUCGAGCCUAGAGGGCAAAGACAAAAAAAAUAUUUAUAUGGGACAAGACAAUUAUUAAAUUAAUAUGUUGAUGGCACCAAAAUUACAUUCACUGUUGUUCCUAGGUUCAGUGAAAACAAUUUGUUGAUAUAACACUCACUCUCAAUAUUUAACUUCAUGUUAGAAGUCAGUGUUUUGUAGUAUUAAUUUCUGUGAUUUGAGAAGAAAGUUUAAUUUUUUUUUUUUUAAUAAAAAAACUCUCAUCACCAUGUCUCAGAAGACUCCAGCUUUUGAAGUUGAUCGCAAUGCACCUAUUAUGCCUCAAAUUCAGGCAUUAAUAGCACCACCUUCAUCUGAUUCUUCAAGUGGCAGUCAUAAAAAGAGAGAAGAGCGCAGGCACAUAUAUUUUAAAAGACCUGGACGAGGACACAACAGAGAUUCUUGUGACGCUUGCCAUGAUGGGGGAGAACUGAUAUGUUGUGAUAAAUGUCCAGCUUCUUUUCAUUUAUUAUGCCAUGAUCCUCCUUUGGAAUUGACGGAUAUUCCUAAUGGAGAGUGGGUUUGCCAUGCUUGCAAAAGUGCUUCUUUAAGGGAUAGUAAUGGUAAUAAAAAGAAGAAAAAAUCACCAUUAGAAGUUUUAGCACUUGCUGCUUCUCUGGUCAAUCCAAAGGAAUUUACUCUACCUAGAGAAUUCCAGUUACCUAUUACAUUUCCUGGAACGGAUAAAGUUGAUCCUGUAGCUAAAAGAGGUAGACCUCCAAAUUCAGCUAAUUUUAACGGAAGAAUUCAAUAUUAUGAACAAGGAUCUGUUAUUCCACUGCCUGCAAGGCUGUGCUUUGAAUGUGGGAAAAGCUGUAGAAAAGCACCUCUUAUUGCAUGUGAUUAUUGUCCUUUGUAUUUUCAUCAAGAUUGUCUUGAUCCUCCUCUUACUGCUUUUCCAAGUGGCAGAUGGAUGUGUCCCAAUCACCUGAAUCACUUUUUAGAUGAACAUCUUUUAACCUCUUGCGCAGCUUCAGAGAGAAUAAAAUUAUGGGAUAAAUAUGCCAAUCAAAAAAUUGACCAAAAUGCUGUUAAGCUACAGUUCAUAAAGAAGGCACAUGCAGUAAAUCCUCUUUUUCGAAUAAAAGUUCAAAGAAAUCAAAAAGGCAGAGUCAAAGUUCCAGCCUGCAUAAAAUUACAUUAUGCAAAUCCACCUGAACUUGACAUUUGUCGAUUAUAUAAAUACGGAAAAUUUAUAAAUCCUUUCGUUAAAAAACCAAUUUGUACAAAUAUUUCUAAGGCUAUAGACACAGAAUCGAAAGGAGAAAGUAGCAAUGAUUUAGAAAAUGAUCAGGAAGAUACUGAUGUUAGAAGUAAUGGAGUUUCAAUUGAUGAUGAUAAAUGUAGUUCAAAAUCCAAGAGCUCUGAAGAAGAUGUGAUAGAAAAUCAUUGCAGUAAACUAAAGUGCAUAGAUGAACAAAUGGAUGGAGAUAUGGAUGAAAUAUGUUUGGAUGAAAUUGAACAUACAAAAGAAAAAAUUCAAGAAAUAAUUGUUGGAAAACUUGACUGCGAUGAGAACUAUUUUAAUGACAGAAAGGAGGACGUUGUAAAAAUUGAAGAGCCUGUCUCCAAGUUCAAUGAUGUGGGAAAAAUGGACAUGAUUUGUACUGAUGACAGAAUAGAAACUAAUGGUCAAGAAAAGUUAGAAGAUGAAAAUAGUAAAGAAAAAAUUGAGUCAAAUUCCACAGAAAAAUUAGACAAUGAUGUUCAUGAAAAAAUGGAAAUAAAUUGUAAUGAUGAAUUAAAAAUUAACAGUCAAGAUUUUACAAAAGAAAUAAAGAUUGAAAAGUUAGAAGAGAUUACUAAAGAAGAUCAAAACAAAAAAGUUGAACAAAUUCAAGCAAUUACACAAGAUACUGAGGAUAUUUCCUGUGUCAAUUCAGAUCAAGAUAGUAAUGUAGAAAGUAUAAAAGAAAAUGCAAUUAAUAUCUGUGAAAAUAGUAAAGAACAAUCAAAAUCAAAAGAAAUUGAGGAAAAUAAUGUUCUAAAUGAUGAUACAGAGAAUGAAACAAAAAGUAUUGAACCAGGUACUGAAAAAGUAUUAAGGGAGGAAGAGGAAGAGCAGCAUGUCCAAGAAAUUAUACCAGAAGAAUUACACAAUAAUGAUGAUGAAGUAAAUAAUAUGGAUGUUGAUGAAUCAAAUGAUUCCGAUAUUGAUAUGAUGGAAACAGAGGUGCAGAGCGAAGAAGCAAAUAAUGAAGGGAGUAAUGAUAAUCAAAAAAAUAGUGAUUGUGAAAGUGAAGAUAAUGAUGAAUAUUCAGAAUUUGAUGAAUUUUUACGAAGUGGUCUUGGAUAUAAAGUUAAAGAAGGCGUAAGUUUGUUAGAGAGACCAGUACUUGAAGCAUUAGCAGAACAGAGAUUACAACAAAUUUUAAAUCCAUCAAAUGAAUGUUAUCAAAGUUUAAAUCAUACUUCUAAAGCUAGAGCAUUACUGUUUCCAUUGGGAAAAACAAAUGGACCUCCAGUAUUUAUGACUGGAAAAACAUUAAACGUUGGAUUAGGAGGUGAAUCUCAUUUAACUCUAAAUCAGUAUGGAUGUUGCGGUUUUCUUUCUCCAAAACAUGCAGUCAUCUUUUAUGAUGAGACAACCAAUCGGUACGAGUUACUAAAUUACAGCGAGCAUGGAACUACAGUUGACAAUGUUUUGUAUUCCUGCAACUACAAUAUAUAUGAAUUAGAUAGUGAAAAUUCUCAUAUGAAGGGUCGCAAGGGAGCCAAGUAUACAAAUCAAGAAUUAGUAGAAGAUGUCAGAAAAAUUGCGUACAGAAAUAAGCCACAGUCGUCUAGUAAUGAAGACAACAAAGAGCCUGUCUGCAAAUGUGAUUUAAAGAGAUCGAGAUACAAUAAAAUGGAUUUAGGAUGGGAAGGCAGUGCGAUGCUUGAUCAUGGAUCUAUUUUGAACUUUGGAUGCUUGACAUUUGUGUUCAGUGUUGUGGAUCUAUAUGCAAGUCGAUAAUACUCAAAUUGUACAGACUUUUAAAUUAAACUUUACAAUAGGCGUUAUAAAUACUAAGUAUAAUUAUAAAUCUAGUUAAAAUUUGCUAUCAUCUUAAUCGUAAGUAAUAAUAAGCAAAUGUCCAUUGAAAAUGGUUUUUCACUAUGAACAGAGUUUCACAAGGUUCUAUACGUAAUAGACUUUUUCAGUUUUAAACGUUUUUAUGUAUAUAAAUAUUCUGUCAUUCGCUGGAAGAGCUUAGCUCCGUAAGGCAGCAGUAAAAGACUGAUCGUACGUUUGUGUGUAGAAGUAAGGCUUUUUUUUUUCUUCAGAGCUCAUCAUAUACUCGUCGCACUUGUACACGCAGAGACGCGCAAACAAGCAAGUUUCGCGCCGGUG